AUGCCGAAAACCCUGCCACCGGCCUGGCGAAUGCGAAGACGCGGGCGGACAGCUAUGCCAACAGCUCUGCGGGAAGCCGAAGAAGGCGUGCGGUCACCCGGACAUGGAGAGUACCUGCCAUGCACCGUUCCCAUGCAAGGAAGAAAAGCCGUGUCAAAGCAAGAUAUACAUCACAUUGAGGGCAACGCGGCGAGGUCAUUGCCAUGUAACGAGGAGUGUCAACGCCUCGAGCGUAACCGCAAGCUUGCACUGGCACUUGAUAUCGACCAAUCAACCCACGUCGAAGGCGGCGACCACAUUCCUUACGACAAGGUGACGCUCGAUCUGUUCGCAGCGCACUUCAAGUGGGCGCAGACGCAAGAACGCGAGUUCCGGGUAUUUGCCUCGUCGCCAGAGGAGAAGAGGCUCCGCUUCAAGCCGAUGAAAGCGCACGAGCGUGCUUUCGUUCACGCACUUGCAAGCGACUUUGGGCUGGAUUCGGAGAGCAUGGACCCAGAGCCGCACCGCCAUGUCAUGAUCUGGAAGACGCCUCGCUUUGUCUCGGCACCAAAUAAGACGUUGGCAGAAUCACUGAGGAUACGGCAGCUGGCACAGAGGUCCACGACCGCAAGCGCGAAUGUGUUGGAUACUGAAGGCGCGAUGAAGACGAAUGCCAAGCGUGCCUCCAGCGAGCCGUUUAAUGCAUUCGUCAUCUCUCAUCCCAAAUUCGGGCUCACGAUCGACGAGCUCAGAAUGGAAGUUGAGAAGCAGGUUCAUGACGCUCUGGGCUUGAUCUUCGACAUCGAAUUCCUUCCUUGUGACGAGGUGGUGUUGAAAGCCAUCAGUCGCACCCUCACCGGCUCCGAUCUGCAGCAAGUCUUGCAGGGCGUCAAGACACCGCUCAUCACCGCCAUAUCAGGCAAAGGCUACGGUAACGCAGAGCUCUGCGCUGUUGAUGGCUCUCUCAACGUCAUCCGCCGAGAAUCAGAUGGAAUACCGGGUGAUGGCUGGUCGAAGGUUGCGGCGAAGAAGUCCUCUAAGGGGGCCACUAUUCCUGGUGAAGGGCUUGGUUCGAGAGGGACCAAUGCGUUCUCUGCGCUUGGUGAUGGGAAGGUGACGUUUGCGAAGAAGAAGCCGGUGGAGAAGGUGAAGCCUAAGAAGGCUGUUGUGGUGGACGACUGGGAGAUUGCGGAGAUGGCUGAACAGGAGAAGGAGAGGGCUAGUGGGGCCAGUGGGGCCAGUGGUGAUGAGGCGGCCGGUGGGAAGAACAGCAGAAGUGGUGAUGAGGCGGCCGCUGCGAGAGUUGAUGAGGGCAUUACAGAGAUUGGUGGUGCCAGUGGAGGUGAGGCAUCGGGUGAAAGGAUUGACGAAGCAGUCAUGGAUGAGAAGGAGACGGAAGUGGACGUCGCUAAGGAUGUCGAGCCUGCGGUUGAUGCGGUAGGCGGUGACGAGACUCGUGACUGGGCGGAUCAAGUUACCAAGAGCAGCCUUCCGCCACAGACAUGA